CCUUUAAUUUGCACCACCUCUUAUAUAUAUAUAUAAUAAAUAACUUCUUACACACAUAAUAUACCUCAACACUGAAAAAUAUUUGAAAAAAAAAAAAGGAAAAAAAUAUGGGAGGGUGUCAUGUGUGUUUUCUCUUCUUGUGUUUGUCCUCAGCCAUGGUUGUUGUUUCUGGUUCUUCUUCCAUGAACAAUAAUUUGCCUAUCAUAGCCUUUGAGGAUGGUUACACACCCUUGUUUGGAGAUAAUAAUUUGAUAAUCCAUAAUGAUGGCAAAUUGGUUCAUCUUACACUUGAUCAGAGAACAGGUUCUGGAUUUGUGUCCCAUGAACUUUACCUUCAUGGGUAUUUUAGUGCUAAGAUUAAGUUGCCUGCUGAUUACACUGCUGGAGUUGUGGUGGCUUUUUAUAUGUCAAAUGGUGACAUGUUCAAGAAGAACCAUGACGAAAUAGACUUUGAGUUUUUGGGAAAUAUUAGAGGCAGAGAUUGGAGAAUGCAGACCAAUUUUUAUGGUAAUGGUAGUACCAACACUGGCAGAGAAGAAAGAUAUGAUCUCUGGUUUGAUCCUUCUCAAGAUUUUCACCAGUACAGUAUUCUGUGGACAGAUUCUAAGAUCAUAUUUUAUGUAGAUAAUGUUCCAAUAAGAGAAGUGAAGAGAACAGAAUCUAUGGGUGGAGAUUUUCCUUCAAAGCCAAUGACUUUGUAUGCAACCAUAUGGGAUGCAUCUGAUUGGGCAACUGAUGGAGGAAAAUACCGAGUAAAUUACAAAUAUGCCCCUUAUGUUGCUGAGUUCUCAAACUUUGUCAUGCAUGGUUGUGGGGUUGAUCCAAUUGAUGAGAAUGUUGCAAUGUGCAACAAUGCUCAAAAUUCUAAGGCAAAUAUCAUACCUAAGCACAAAAUCAAGAUGGAGAACUUUAGGAACAAUCAUAUGACAUACUCUUAUUGUUAUGAUAGGGCUAGGUACCAAGUUCCUCCACCUGAGUGUGUCAUUAGUCUCCAAGAGGCUGAAGCACUAAGAAAACUUGAUCCUGCCACCUUCGGUGACGGUCGGCGCCACCGGGGUGGUGGAAAGCGGCGGCACCAUCAAAGCAAAGGAAGGAAGGCAGAGGAUGCUUCAUUUUGAAUGUGAAGAAUGAUUUUAUUAGUGAUAGGAGAAAUAAAUAAUUUUCACAAUUAAAUAUUAUUUAGCUUGGUUUAAUUUAUUUGAUAGAGUUGAGAAUUCAUUUUUUUUCUUUCUUUUUUUUAAUUAUUAUUCCUUUCAUUUUGGUGUAUAGAAAGAUAGAGAAAAAAGAGGUAAGAAAGUUUAUGAUUUGGUUUUUAUUUUUAUUUUUUUUUUUUACCAAAGAUAAGAGACUCGAACUCGUAACCUCUUAUUGUAUGUGUAAAGUUAAUUCAUGGGUCUUGCUAAUAUAUGUUUUGAGGGUACAUUUUAAUAGUUAAAAAUUUGGGAUUUGGAUCCUCUAAA